AUGGCAGCUGCAAUGGCAUCAAAACGAAACCCAAAUCUUUGGGAUGCCUUUCUGGGACGCUUUAAUGAUAUCGAUAGUGAAGUUCGCAUGCUCUGCAUUCACAUGUUGCCUCAACUUUUAAGUAAGAAUCAGGAGCUACCGCACGACCAGCUGUUAGCCUGUUUCCAACAGCGCAUUUAUGAUCCAGAUGAAGGUGUGCGACUGUUGGCGCUACAAACUAUGACUGCUCUAACCAAGAAAUCUCAAAGUGAAUUUAGUGAUAACUUCUUCGAACUAUUGAAGGAGCGUUCGAGGGAUAAAACUUUGUCCGUUCGAAAAGAAGCCUGUUUCGCCCUAUCAUCUCUGUACAAAGAUGGUUUAGAGUCAAAAUGCUUAUCGACUGCUAAGUCAUCAUCCGCACUAAAUACAAUUUUACACUUGUACUACCAAAAUUCAUUGGAUGAUAAAUUUAUUGUGGAACGACUACUAAAAAGUUCAAUUGUUCCUUACACUUCCACAAGUUCAGCCCGUGUACAAGCCUUGAUUCGGUGUUAUAGCCUGAUGGAUGAAGCUUCGAUCAAGGCGAUGCAGGAAAUUUUCAAAGCUCAGUAUGCUAAUCUUAAUCUCCUUCGUGACACUGUCAAAUUGUUGGAAAAACAUAUGGGAGGAGAAAUUUCUCCUGAGGCUAACACUAAAAUAAUGUCAAUGAUACAAAAUCUCAAUUGUUUAAUUCCGAAAACGGAAAAAUCUGUGGAACAUCUGAAACGGUUUUUCAAUCAAACCCACACAGAUAAAGACCUUCGAAAACUUUUGGUAAAACUGACAAAACCACAAUAUACUUGUGAACAAGUAGUAGACACACUAAAGGAAAUACUGAGGAAAAUCGGUAAAACAACAGGUGCUGUAAAUAAUACCAGCGAUAACCAAACGAAUUAUUCACGCGUUGUCAAAAUGUUAUUGGAACGAUGUGCACCAGUUCUUUUUGAUAAGGAAUUUGGCAAAGAGUUAAUGAGUCAGCUCAUGGUGGACAACCAGUCUUCUUCUUCUACAUCUGGGACUACUGAAUCCAUAAGUGUUGCACGCUCACUACGUUUGUUGCUUGCAAUAUCUGUUUACUUUAAAGAAAUCCUACCGCCAGGAGAAGUAAUAAAUUAUUUACUAAGCAUUUUAUCUGAUACAAAUUAUUCAGAAAAUGGUGGCGCUGUUGACGAAAUUAAGUCAACUUCAGUUAAUUCUGAUUGUGAUCCAUCCACUCUACAAGAGAUUGCGUUAAAUAUACUUUGCUGUAUACUCGGCCGUGGUACAAGUGGUUCAUUUUAUACCCCUGAAUCUAAUGAUGCCAUACAAAAUGCUGCUGUUCAACAGUCGCUAAUUAACUGUGCUCAUUUGAGUAGAUGUUCACAAGAGCUUUUGCCAAUCUUACGUCACUUUUGUUGUACUGGAAUAACUGUUAGUGCAUUAGAAUCCAGCCAAGACAAAAAUGUCUCAAAAAACUCCACUAAAACUAAUCGUGGAUAUGGUGUGAAAAAACUUUCACCCGGUCCGACUACAGAAGAAAUCGCUCAGAUGGGUCUUGUUUGGCGUCGUGAACGACGACGUUCCAAGUUGUCAGUACGCGUUCUGUUUUGUUUACUUGACGUUGUACAUCAGCUAAUGUGUCCACUUGUUGACCUGGACUCGGAGGAUGAUAAAUUGGUAAAGAAGAAAUCUCCUGACAACAGGAUGAAACUAAUUUCGUUGGAGUCGACAAUUAAAGAAACUCUCAAUGAAAUAGUUAAAGUUUGUAUUUCGUGUCCUGUUCUAUCCAGUGAAUAUAUAGCCUGUCUAACUUCAUUAAAUCAUAUUGCAUUAUUAUUUCCUGGUACUUAUAACGAUGAAAUUAAGACUUUGAUUACGAAAUCUUUGGUGCAACAAGUGUUACCAUGUGAACCAGGUGAUUCACCCAAUGGAGAAGAAGAAGAUAAAAAUCAUGCUAAAUUAACUGUAUUGCCAAAGUAUUCCAAACCAGGUGAUAACCUUAGCACUUGGUGUCCUGAUGGAUUGAUAAGCGAUUUGACUAAAGCAAAGAUUUCAGCUAUAAAACUUAUGACAAACUGGUUAGUUGGAUUAAAAAAUGAGGUGAAACCUGUUGCUCAAGCUAUUAUUCGCCUCAUCUAUCGUAUUAUUAUUCAUGAUGGAGAUUUGACAAAAGGUGGCAAACUUCCAUAUGGUGAAAUGUCACGUAUGCGUUUAGUAGCCGCCACUUCCUGGUUGAAGCUUGCACGCUGUCAGGCUUAUGUGGAGUGUAUCGAAAUUGGAUGGUAUUUGUCGAUGACUUAUAUACUGUGUGAUCCAUGUCCACAGAUUCGUUCGCAUUUCCUGACAAAACUUAAUCAAGGCUUGUAUAAAUUGCGACUUCCACUUGAGUAUAUGGCUAUUUUUGCACACGCUUCCAAUGUCCCUGAACCUGCAUUUAAACAACGUGCAAAACAGUUAUUUAUUGCCAAUGUUCAAAGACGUCGGGCCUUCUUAAAUAAAAAUCCUUCAUAUUUCCAUGAUACUAAAUAUUUAUUCGGAUUAUUACCGGACUACAUUCUUCCAUAUGUGAUUUAUUUACUUUCUCAUGAUUCCAAAUGGACUAAAAUAGACGACGUAGAAAUAUUGAAUAAAAUUAAAAGUUCUUUAUGGUUUGUAAUGGAACCGAUUAUGUCGCAUGGUGACAAUUUUAGUUUUCUACGGAAAAUUAUUGAAAAAAUCAAAUAUGCACGAGAUGCCCUUAAUCCUGAUGAUGCUUUUGUUAACGAGAAAUUGUACACUGUAUGCGAUAUUUGUUUGGGUCUGUUGCUUUCUCGUUGUACUAAUCCUACAAGUAAAGAAUAUCCAGUUGAUGUAAAACUACCCAAAACUCUUUUCACGCCUACACCAAUCGAUUUUCGAAAUCCUGAUUUCAAACAAUUAAUGAAUAUGGUUGUUGAAAGUGGAACACAAGAGAAUGAAGAUACAUUGAAUGAAUCCAUGGAGGCUAUCGUCAAAAAUAAAACAAAACCAAUUUUACAGUUUACACCGAAUAAGCAUACAAAAGAAUUUAAAGAUGGGUUAAUUCCUCCUGAACUUUUAAAGAUGAAAAACGCUGCUAUUCCAAAGACAAAAAAAACGAAAGCAGCCAGCAAAAACGAAGAGUCAAAGGCGAAAUUUGAAACCAAAUCUAAAAAAGAUAACAAUGAACCAUCGCGACAAGAAGAAAACGGUCCAGUUGCGGACACAGUGACAGAUGACGACCAGGAGACAGAUAAGGAAGCAAAUACUAUACAUUGUAUUGCGUCCACUAGUCGUGUCUCACCUAAAAGCACUAUUGUAAAUGUUAUUGAUACUGAUAUUAAUGUGUGCAUUGUAGAAACACAUUCAACUCGCAGUUCUAGUAAUCCAAAUAAGCGUAAGAAUGCAGCUCCACCAGGAAUUGUUAAACGCCAACGUGUUAACCCAUCACCGAAUUCAACUUCAAACCUUCAUCAAAGCACACUUGAUCGUGUUGUACAGACCAACAAAACUUCCCAGAAAGAUGUCUCGUCAACGGCAAAUAGCGUCAAUCAGCAGGUUUCAAGUAUCUCUCCGCGUAAAAGUCCCAAACAUUUCACUAAACCAGCUCCAGAAGCGCAUUCUAAAAAGUCAAGUAAACCUCCUCAGUUGUCAACAAACAGUUGCUCUAAUAAUUCUAAAAAUACUAAACAGGAAAGCAAUCUUCGUGCAACACUAGCUUCAAAUGAUCGGGUGACCUCGUUGCGAUCUAAAAGUAUCAAAAGUAGUGAAAAAACUCAAGGGCUCACCGAUGUUUCGAAAAAGUCUCUACAGAAUGCCAACAAAACACCACCGAAAACUAAUUACAGAGUCUCAAAACCACUUAGAACUAAUGAUAAUUCUAAUGGAUCCAAUAAUAUUUCAGAAAGACCAUCUCGAUUAAGCGCUAUCGUUGCCAAGCAAAAGUUGUUAUCUCCUAUGUCCGUAUUUAGUUCAACGUCAACAUCAAACCAGUCAACUCCAAAAGGAAGAUAAUGAUAAUGCUUUGAAUCAUCCUUGGCAUGUGGAAUUCAUAUAUCUACACACUCUUGUCGAAACACACCUUUUAAUAUCCAAUGCUGCUACUUUGUUCUUUUGAUAUGAUUUUUAUUAAUCGUAACUGUAUUUAUUUUCUAAUAGCAAUUAUUAUCUCCCAGAUUAUACUGAGACGUUUAUCACAUCUUCUCAUUGAGCAUUUAUUCAAUAUUUUAUUCCCAGUUUAGGACCUAUUAAUAUAACUUCCUCAAAAAAUAACUGGGGAUUUUUUUGUACAUGUUAAGUAAUAUCAUUUCAAGUUUUAAAUGCUUCCUUUAAAUAAAA